AUAAUCAUAUUUGAUCAAACGCAUAAGGCUACUCCUUAGCCUUUGAAUUGAAUAUGACACCUUCAGUUUAUCCUUUUUUGACUGGCCAAACAUCUCAAGAGAUGAUUCUGAGCUGUGUUUUCGUACUUAGUAUCAAGAUGCUGUUGAAUGAGAACCUAAUUAUGGAAAAAUAUCAAGCUUUAUACACCUUAGCUAGCCGUCUUGGUAAACCUUUGAUGAUGGAUGAAUACACAGCUAACAGAGAUCGAAGGGACAGUGCUCGUGUGUGCUUGGAGUUGGACCUUUCCCAGCCACCUCCUCCUAAAAUACACAUACGUAUGGGAGGUAAGGAUAUCUUUGUGGAUUGCACUUAUGAGAACAGGCCAUGCUACUGCACCACCUGUAAAAAGAUUGGACACUCUUCAACAAGGCACACCACUGCUCAGCCCACCGAAAAAGUUCCCUCCGGCAAGGGUAAGGAGGGCAUCCCUGAUUCAAAUGUCAACAAAUGGAUAAAAGUCACAAGCAAGAAGCCAAAAGGUACAAGUCAUGUUGCAGUUAAAUCAGCUCAUAAUGUCACAAAACCAGGGCCCACUAUCUAUGAAUGGAAAAAGAAAGAAGCAAUGGGGUGGUUUUCAGAAGACUUGACAAGACUUGACAGGAUCCUCAUUAAUCACUUCAUUCAGGAUUUCUAUGAUGACAUUGUUGUUAACCAUCUUAGCAAAACCAGUUUAGAUCACAGUCCUUUGGUUAUUACUUGUAGUUUUGAUGAUUUCUCAGGUCCCAAACCCUUCAGGUUCUUAGACUGUUGGACUACUCAUGAGCAGUUUCUUAAAGUGGUUAAGGAGUCUUGGGGGCAUGACCACAACCAUGGGGGUAUGUACGGACUUGGCAUUAAACUCAAAAGACUAAAAAAAGCUCUCAAUCAAUGGAACAAAGAAGUUUUUGGUAAUAUUUUUGACAAUCUCAAGAUGGCUGAGGAUGAAGCUCAGAGAGCACAAGAUAAGUAUCAGAACGACCCCUCUCCUAUCAACAGAUCUGAAGACAAUAAGGCCAAAGCCAUGCUCAUCAAAGCUACCAAUCAAGAAUAUCUAUUUUGGAGGCAAAAGGCAAAUCUCAAAUGGCUUCAAAAAGUGCUUCCCAAAAUUAUCUCUAAAGAACAAACUGGCUUUCAACAAGGAAAAGGCAUUGAUGAACAAAUCAUAUUGGUGAAGGAAAUGGUUCAUAAAAUUGAUGCUAAGGAUUCCUAUUAUGAUGACUACUCAGCCAAUAAUGGACCUGAUUAUUAUCAAUACCAUGAGGAACCACCAUACGAUACCCCGUCUCGGAGCUUUGGAUAUUCUCCAUACCAAGACAACUGUGGGGACUAUGAUGAACCUCAUGGUGAUCAAGAUGAUUAUGACGAACAAGGGCCAAUGUACGAUGACCAGCUAGAUCCACUUAUUGAAGAGAUUUUGUGGACUGAGGAAAAAAUACUUAAUCUUGACCUAGCAUUAGUAAUGGAGUGUUCAUUAUUUGAACCACCAUAUUGUCGUGAUUACUCUCUGAGUCGUGAAGAGCAAAUCGAAGCAAACAGAGAUGCAAUCCAGGCGAGAGAACGAUUUCUCAAAACAGUCCAAGAAGAACGCCAACUGCUCCAAACCCAGAAAGAUAACGAACAACGCGAAUAUUGGGAGCAUAUGCAAAAGAUGCUGGUGGACUUUAAGAAGGCUAUGGAACAACAAGAAGAGAUGGAGGAAAUUGUUGUUCUAGAAGAGGAUGAAGAAUCUGAGACGGAAUCUGAAACUGAAUCCAACAAUGUCUCAAUUCUUGAAUAUCCACAAACUCCAUCAUCACUGUAUAUCGAAAAUAAGAUAACACUUGCAGAAAUGAUUGCACGAGAUGUUCUAUAUGGAGAAAUUGAUCUAGACGAAGGAGUGUGUGAAGUUUAUGAUCAUGUGGAUGAACUUAUAAAGACGCUCCGGUCAUUUCGUCAUACUACUGGUCCGCCAAAUUAUGACUCCGACUUGCACGCGUUUGAUGUAGAAAUCUCUUGCUUCAUACAAGAUUUGGUCCGUGAUCCCCCAAUUUUGCCGAGUUUGAUUCCUUGGGAGUUACAAAACUUUAGAACAAACAUGUUGGGCGCUAUAAAAAUUCUCAUUGACACUCCGCCUUUUGCGUUGAAUGUGGUUUCUACAGUAAUUAAGCAAAACGCUGAAGCACAUGAUCACACAUCCAAGGAGGAAUCAACUGUUGGCUCACAAGAUGGAGAUGAAGUGGACAUCGGACCUGACGCCAUAAACAAACAUAAUGGGAGGUCCAACAUUGUGGAAAAAAAUGAAAGUCAUCUUGUAGAAGAUGUUGCCAAUGUCAACAAGCUAGAUCCUACUUUUCAGGAAUUUUAUACCUCAGCUGGUGUGGUCAUUGAAGAUUUUAAUGUUCCCGAUAUUAUUGACAAGGUGGCAGAUGCAGAUAAUAAGCUAGCAGACAUUCCUAUUUUAUCUGACACCAUUAAGUUAUUUGACAUUGUCACUAUGGUCAAGACGGAGCACCUGGUUUCACCGAGAGCAACUGCAUAUGCUAUGUGCUAUGUCUCAUAUUUUCAUCACUUUGCUGCACGAGCCAAGAUGGUGGAAGAUUCAAAUAACACUUCUCUAGAUGAACCUGUUCUGGAGAAAUUCGAGCCCACCACCGACCCCCUUGAUUCCAAUACUGAUGAGGCUGACGAAUCUAUAGACGAGAAAAUACCUUGUGAUGCUGAACUCAUUUCGUCUAUAGAAACUAUCACUGAAGACUCAGAGGAAGGACAUAGCGUAAUCAUCGAGCCAUCAACAGAAAGUCAGCUCAUUGAAGACUUUGAAGGUCAUGUACUGGCGAUUAAGGCCAAUGAUGUGUAUAAACCAAGGAGACUCACACCACCACCCAUCCAAGACGAGUCUCCUCCAUUUUUCCUAUUGCCACCAUGCUACAGGAAUGAGUCAAAGAUCCUGGACUUUGACUACAAAAGAACAGAACAAAGGUGGCAUCAGAAUAGAGUCAAAAAGGUGGAGUUUGGAAUUAGGAGUGCUGGUGAACCAUUUUUGACUCAACAAAAAAAAGAGGAAUGACUAACUUUUGUGCACAAUUUUGUAAAACCUUUUUUUUAAAGAAAAAAUUGAGAUUAUCUCUGUCCCAAACUCUUGUUUUUAUCGCUUAAUGACCUCGAGGGCGAGGUCAACCCUAAGUGUGGGGAGAUUGGAGUUUGGUACAGAAUAUUUUUAUUUGUUUAGGAAACUUUUUGAAAAUAUUUUUAUCCACUUUGUUGCAUUUUGUAUAUUAAUAUUGAUCUCUACACCGUGUACGGAAUGACUGUCUAAGCUGGAAUGGUACUUAAGUGGACGCAAAGGGUGACGCCUUCGGGAGCCGAACUUGUCCCACCAUUCCUACUGGGUCAUUCU